AAAACAGAAAGGGUCAUGCAGUUUUGCAGAUGUGUGUUUCUAAUUAUUCUGUGUCCUUAUUUCGUACGGGGACAAGCAGAUUUAUAUGCUUUUAGAUGCUAUGGAACAGGCUGGGUUAUGGACGAGUCUUGUCCAGCAAAUCACAAAAUGUUUCCCAUAGAGGUCAGAGUUGGAGCCACUGGUUUAGCAACAGGUUGUCCUAAUAGUAUAGUAAAGGGGACUAAUACGUCUUUGGAGUCUACGUGUUGUAACCAUAGCGAUGCUGCUUGUCUUGAUACAUAUCAUAAUACCUUAAACGAUACGAUAACGUAUGUGUAUCAUGAAAUGUGCAUGGGUAGAAAACAGUGUGUGAAUUAUCCUAUAGUGCGCUCAACCACCACAGGUCCAGUCGUGUUUUGUGAUCAAAGUCUCUAUCAUUCUACUACAACUGUACUAGAGUUGAAGUACCAUUGCAUUCAAGAUGAAAAAUUUCUGUCUCUUUCAAAUUCAAUAUCCAUUUCAAAGGCUAAUCUUUCUGAUGUUCACAUUGUGCUACAAAAUUAUUCGUCGUCUGGAAUUCCGUCCACGACUACAGAUCUCCAAUGUUCCAUUGAAACAUCCGAAUGUGACGGACAAAUCCGGAUCAAUGCCAAAGAUCUGAGAUUGUUCUUUAACACAAGUCAGUGUUUUCAAAGAAUCUAUAUCAAUGACACGGAUGAUGGAGUGAUACAUGAUUUCGACUGUAGUCAUAAUACGAAUUUCAUACAAAAUGCUAAUUUUUAUACCAGUCAACAUAACCAUAUAAUCAUCCACUUCACGAACUCCUACGAUCAGAACGGCGGAUUCGUGUGGAUAAAACCCACUCCAGUGAACACCAGUCACACCCUUUCUAUAAACUGUCCUCCAAAAGAGGAAAAUCUGGCCUGUUUCCCGACCACCACAACAGAGGAAACCACCACGUCAGUGGACACAACAACAGAAACAACACCACACAUAACGGAAGUAUCAAACAAAACAAUGCAGUCUCGAAGCGACCCCACAAACGGACAACAAGACAUAGCACUCAUAGCUGGGAUUGUUACCGCGGUCAUCAUUUGCAUUUCCAUUGGCAUUGGCAUUGUAUGCGCUGUCAAGAUGAAAUGGAAAACGAAGCAAUCCAUAAAUGAUAUUUCAUCACAGGAAGAAAGAAGAGACUCCAGAACAUCGACGUCAAUACAAUCCACAUCUCAAAUAAUUAUACCUCUAGCACAUUCUUCUCCAGCAACCUCUUCUCAAUUAGCGUCGGUAACUGAAGACCUGGGGAAGCGUACAUUUCGAAAACAAAAUUCACUCUCUCCUCUACAGCUAAACCCAAGUACAUUUAUUGAUGAAGAGAACAAGAAAGCAAAGAGAAAGAAAAAAAAGAAAAAGAAAGAUGAAGAAACGAUCACUACUGACGUACAGGAAAAUACAGAGACAAAGAAGAAGAAGAAAAAGAAGAAGAAGAAACACAAAAAACAUAAAACUCAGUCACAAGAGAAUUACGCUGACACCAAGUGAGUGAAUAAGAAACAUGAUACCGUUUAUCAGAUGGAAUGAAUAAAAGUUUUCCUGGUUUGUAUGCGGAUUACUAAUUUGACAAGCACACGUAAUAACAGACAUAUUUUUCUCUUCAGUAUAAUAGUUUUUCAGUGUUUUGUGAAGAGUUGUGUUUUGUAUUUUUGAAUAUUAAUGGUUUUAAAAUUCACAUAUUA